AUCCGUCCGAGAACAUCUUUUCCUUCCACAGUUCCACACUGAUAAUAUUAUUUGCAGGAUCGUUGCAAACCAUUUUCCAUUGGUGUAUGAUGGAUGGUAUACAAACACAAGUGUGAUAGCAUCAAAAAAAAGUAUCCUGUAGUUCACUGAGUGGAGACAACACGUGUUGUCAUGGAUACCAUAUCUGUUCUUGUUACUGGUGGCAACGGUUUCCUUGGACAACACAUUAUAAAACACCUUCACUUGGCGGCUGAUGACCUUCACCUUAGUGAGAUUAAAGUUCUUGACCUUGUGCCUUAUACAAAUAAAUUAGCAUACAAGCCGACUCGUCCAGUGAAGCUGUACCAAGGAAAUUUGUUAGAUGAGGAGACAGUACAUAAAGCAUGUACAGGUGUACAAGCUGUCCUUCACAUAGCUUCAUAUAUAGAUACCAAACUCUUCCCUGAUACCACUAAACUCACACAAGUCAACGUUAAAGGUACCCAGUGUCUGGUGGACAUCAGUAAGGAGGAAGGCGUGUCCUAUUUUAUCUACUGUUCCUCGGUAACGUGUGUACAGGGUUAUGAUGAGGUCCUCGGAGGGACAGAAAAUACCCUCCCAUUCCUCCCACAUGACAAACUCAUGUUCCGACAGUAUGGUAGCAGUAAACAGAAGGCAACAUCAAUUGUCCUCAACUCUAAUGGAGACAAGUCAGGAAAUGGCAAUCAGAUGUGGACAAUGGCACUGAUACCUACCACCAUGUAUGGAGAACUUGACCAUGGCUGUUUUACAUUGAGUCUGAGGAUGGCUUACAAAAGCAAUGGUUCCAUUCCCAAGUCUGGCUCUGCAACAAGCCUCUGUCAAUUUGGUUAUGUGGGAAAUAUUGCCUGGGGCUUUAUCUGUGGGCUGAAGACUUUGAUUAGUCAGCCAGACCAGGUGGCUGGACAACACUUCCUGCUGUGUGAUGACACGCCCAACGGACCAUUGUCCAGACUGCAACAAGAAUUCCUGGAAUGUUGUGGAAUGAAGUAUACUUGUCAUAAAAUACCAGACUUAGCUCUAUAUUUCUUGGCCAUUAUUGUCACCAUAUUAGGGUAUAUACUCUACCCAGUCUACAGGCUGGAUUCGGACCUUACCUUCCCUGGAGUGUCCUUCACCCAAAGGUCAUUUUAUUUUACCUACCAAAAAGCAAAGAAUAUUUUAUCAUACACACCUCUUUACAGUGUGGAGAAAUCUCUUACAGCAGCCAAGCAGUAUUACUCUACAAUGGACCUCAGUUAGCAAUGUUAAAGGGAAGUAACUCUGUUGUCUAUCAUAUGUAGUGCUUGUAGGAAAUAUCUAUUAGGCCAUUUUCAUACCAAAGAUUGAAAAAACAAGGAAUUGUUGAACCUGAAAGAAAAAUUACAGACAACUGUUGUACCUUUAUGUGUAACUUGAAUGGUUAGCGGUUAAUUUUGUAUGGUAAGAGUGGAAAAAUGUCAGUUUCUAGAAGUUAAAGUUAAACUAAUGUUUCUAACCUUAUAAAGUAUAUAUAAAUAUAUAAUAACUGUUAUGUCUUUGUGCAAUAAUAAAUAUUGUACGAUACUAAUACUGAUGUAAGUAAGCAUACACAUGAAGCUACUUGAGAUUUUGUUUUACAUUAUUUUCUUGUUUUAUAUUUAAAUUUUAAUAACAAUUUUAAUUUGACUUUUUAUAUUCACACUCAUGUUAAGUGCGUUAUAUUUUAAGGAGUUUUUACCUAACUAAGAAUAUAAGGUGAUUUUACUUUUGAUUCUACUAGAUAUA